AUGAUUGGGGGUAUUUUCCCAGUUUUAAACAAAGAGAUAAGCAGCACUUCUAUGUUUGAGAGUGAGCCACCUGGAGUGAAGUGCGCAGGAUUUGACCUGCGAGCUUUUCGAUGGACCCAAGUGAUGAUAUUUGCAAUUGAAGAAAUUAACAAAGAUCCUGCUGUCCUACCAAACAUAUCUCUAGGUUAUAGGAUCCUUAAUUCUUGUGCAUCUCCUACAAAUACUUUACGUGCUGCUCUAACACUGGCUAGUAGACCAGAGGAAGUAGAAUUGACUUCUCCUUGUCCUCCAGCUAUAUCUGCCCUCAUCGCAGAGUCAGGAUCAACUCAGUCUUUAGUUGUGGCUGGAACUCUUGGACCAUUUCAAGUGCCAAUAGUAAGUUACUUUUCAACAUGUGCCUGCCUCAGUGACAGAGCUAAAUAUCCUACAUUCUUUCGAACAAUCCCGAGCGAUUACUUCCAGGCUAAAGCUUUGGCAGCUCUCGUCAAACGUUUUGGCUGGCAGUGGAUUGGAGCUAUACAGUCAGACAAUGACUAUGGGCGUAAUGGGAUCCUGGCUUUUACUGAAGAGGUUAAAAAGCUUGGGGUUUGCAUUGCAUUUGUUGGGACAAUUCUACGAACAUACACUAUGGAUAAAAUACUGGAUGUUGUGGAAAUGAUCAAGCAAUCAACUGUGAAAGUCAUUCUUGCUUUUGUUCCAGAGGGUGACUUUUACCCUUUGAUGAAAGAGGUUGUGAAACAGAACAUUACAGGAAUUCAAUGGAUUGCCAGUGAGGCCUGGAUAACAGCAUCUCGACCUUCCACACCUGAAAUGUACAGAGCUUUUGGUGGAGCCCUGGGGUUUGUGGUGCAAAAGAUGGCCAUUCCAAAUCUAAAACCAUUUCUCACAGACAUUAGCCCUUACACUGAUCCACGUGCAGGUUUUGUGAGGGAUUUCUGGGAGAUUAUGGUCACUGACCAUUUACAGAGAGUGAAUUUUAGAAAUCAGUUUGCAGAUAAUGUGUUUUUUGAUGCCAAUGGUGACCCUCCUGCUUCUUAUGAUAUCAUUAACUGGCAACUGAUAGAUGGGCAGGUUCCGACAUCAGUGUGCUCUAAUGUUUGUCCAGUAGGAACCAGGAAAGCUCAAAUAAAGGGAAAACCCACCUGCUGUUUUGACUGUAUCCCAUGUGCUGAUGGAACUAUAGCCAACUCAUCAGGUGCUGCAGACUGUACACCCUGUCCACAGGAAUACUGGUCCAAUGAGAAGAAAGACGAGUGUGUUCCCAAAAUAAUUGAAUUCCUGACAUAUCACGAGCCAAUGGGAAUAGCUCUGACAGUUGUAUCCCUGCUUGGAGCAUCUCUGUCACUGGCCACGAUGGUGGUUUUUAUCCGCUACAGAGAAACUCCUGUGAUAAAGGCCAGCAACUCUGAGCUGAGCUGUUUCCUAUUGUUUUCUCUUUUUUUGUGUUUUCUCUGUCCCCUCACUUUCAUUGGCAGACCCACAGUCUGGACAUGCAUGCUGCGUCACACAGCUUUUGGUGUGACGUUUGCAUUUUGUAUUUCCUGUGUCUUAGGAAAAACUAUUGUUGUUGUUACAGCUUUCAAAGCCUCAGUUCCUGGCAGCAAAGUUGCAGCAAAGUUUGGUCCUGCACAGCAAAGGAUCAUAGUUUGCUCCUGCACUUUGAUUCAGAUAUUGAUAUGUAUUUUGUGGCUUAAGUUAAACCCACCUUUUCCAGACAUGGUUUUCAAAUACAGCAAUAAGAAGAUUGUUUUAGAAUGUAACACAGGCUCUGAGGCUGCUUUCUACGCAGUGCUGGGGUACAUUGGGAUCCUUGCAAUAAUAUGUUUGGUGCUGGCAUUUCUAGCAAGGAAGUUGCCUGAUAAUUUCAAUGAAGCCAAAUUUAUCACAUUUAGCAUGCUGAUAUUCUGUGCUGUCUGGAUCACCUUCAUCCCAGCAUAUGUCAGCUCUCCUGGGAAGUUCACUGUAGCAGUGGAAAUAUUUGCAAUUUUGUCUUCAGCAUUUGGCUUAUUGCUUUGCAUUUUUGCACCUAAAUGUUACAUAAUAUUGAUUAAGCCAGAAAAAAAUACAAAGAAACAUGUCUUGGGAAAUAAUUUAAAUAAAAAAAUAUGA